GGCGGGGCUGCGGGCUCUGCUCCGCCCGCCUUUUGUUCGCUGGGUGCGGGCGGGGCGGGCGCCAGUGCCGGGCAGGAGCGGGCGGAGCAGGAGCGCGAGCGCGGCGCAGAGCAGCAAUGGAGGUGAUGAAUAUGAUGGAGCAGCCGAUCAAGGUGACGGAGUGGCAGCAGACCUACACCUACGACUCUGGCAUACACUCUGGGGUGAACACCCAGGUGCCGUCGGUCAGCAGCAAAUGCAUGGCGGAUGACGAGGACCUCUACGCCAAGCAGUACACCAUCAAGACAACCACCUACAGAGAGGCGGGGGGCCAGGGCCUGGGCCCAGCAGCAGCAGCAGACAUGGAGUCUCAGCUGGCCAUGACACGGGCCCAGCGUGUCCGGGCUGCCAUGUACCCAGAGACCGUGGAGGACCGAUCCCUGCUCAUGACCACUCACGUCGAGGGCCAGCAGACCAAUGUGCAGAGGCUGGCCGAGCCCUCGCAGAUGCUGAAAUCUGCCAUUGUGCAUCUGAUCAACUACCAGGACGAUGCGGAGCUGGCCACCCGGGCCAUCCCGGAGCUCACCAAGCUGCUGAAUGACGAGGACCCGGUUGUGGUCAGCAAAGCGGCCAUGAUAGUGAACCAGCUGUCCAAGAAGGAGGCGUCGCGCCGUGCCCUGAUGCAGUCCCCACAGAUUGUGGCAGCGGUGGUGCGUGCCAUGCAGCACACCAGCGACUUGGACACGGCCCGCUGCACCACCAGCAUCCUGCACAACCUCUCUCACCACCGCGAGGGGCUGCUGGCCAUCUUCAAAUCUGGAGGCAUCCCAGCUCUCGUGCGGAUGCUCAGGUACCAGGCAGCAACGAGGGUGAAGACUGUGAUCGAGGAGCUGCUGGACGGCAGGGUGGUGUCUUCCCGCACGGAGGAGUGGGCUUUAGAUCCUCAACUACCUUUCACCAUGACCACCAGCGUCAGGCAAUAUUCCUCGUCUACAUCCCUAAAGGGGUUAGGUGGAUUAGGUGGAUUAGGAGGUGGCUCCACACGGGUUUCCUCAGUGCAUCUUGGAGGUUCCUACAGACCUCCAAGUAUCCAUGGGGGAUCUGGUGGCUUUUCUGUCUCCUCUUCUAAGUAUGUCUCUGGAGUAGGAAGUAGUCUGGGUGGUGGCUAUGGGGGAAGCUACAGUAGUAGCUUUGGAGGUGGCUAUGGGGGUGGCCUUGGAGGUGGCUUUGGGGGUGGCCUUGGUGGUGGCCUUGGAGGUGGCUUUGGAGGUGGCUAUGGGGGUGGCUUUGGAGGUGGCUUUGGCGGUGGUGAUGGCAUUCUCCCUGCGGGUGAGAAGGAAACUAUGCAGAACCUGAAUGACCGCCUGGCUAACUACCUGGACAAGGUGCGUGCUCUGGAGGAGGCCAAUUCCGAUCUGGAGAUUAAGAUCAAGGAGUGGUAUAAGAAGCAGGGACCUGGUCCUGACCGUGACUACAGCCCAUAUUACAGGACAAUUGAAGACCUGAGGAGCAAGAUCCUUGCUGCCACUGUCGACAAUGCCAGCCUCCUCUUGCAGAUCGACAACGCUAGGCUGACAGCUGAUGACUUCAGAACCAAGUUUGAGACGGAGCAGGCCCUGCGCAUGAGUGUGGAGGCUGACAUCAAUGGCCUGCGGAGAGUCCUGGACGAGCUGACCCUGGCCAGAGCUGACCUGGAGAUGCAGAUCGAAAACCUGAAGGAGGAGCUGGCUUAUCUCAAGAAGAAUCAUGAGGAGGAAAUGAAUAUACUACGGAGCCAGCUGGGUGGAGAUAUCACGGUGGAGAUGGACGCCGCUCCUGGGGUUGACCUGACCAAGAUCCUGGCUGACAUGAGAGAGCAGUAUGAGAGCUUGGCAGAGAAGAACCGUAAAGAGGCCGAGCAGUGGUUCUUCACCCAGACAGAACAGCUGAACCGAGAAGUAGCCAUGAACACGGAACAGUUGCAGAGCGGCAAGUCGGAGAUCACGGAACUAAGACGCACCGUCCAGGGCCUGGAGAUAGAGCUGCAGUCCCAGCUCAGCAUGAAAGCCGCUCUGGAAGGCUCCUUGGCGGAGACAGAAGCCCAUUAUGGCUCCCAGUUGGCACAGCUCCAGGGCUUGAUCACUAGCGUGGAGGAGCAGCUGGCCGAGCUCCGAUGCGACAUGGAGCGCCAGAACCAUGAGUACAAGAUUCUCGUGGACGUCAAGACGCGCCUGGAGCAAGAGAUUGCCACAUACCGCCGCUUGCUGGAGGGCGAGGAUACCCACAUUGCCUCCCAGUACGCUUCAGCAAAAGAAGUGUCCACGACCACCCGACAAGUCCGUACAAUCGUUGAGGAAGUCCAAGAUGGAAAGGUGAUUUCUUCCCGCGAGCAGGUCCAUCAUUCCCCCCGCUAAGACUACACACCAGUCCACAGGCCCCAGUCCUGAGCACCUUGGAUACAUCAAUAGAAAAGGAAAGAAGACUCCAGUCCAUGUGCUGUAGAUGUGUAAUACUGUCACCAAGGCUGUGUAGGUCUGGGCUCCAUUAGUGUGUUCCUUCCCUUUUCAUUCUGCCUCUGUUUCCCUCACCCUUGUCUGAGUGCUAUCCUGUGCUCGUCCCAUAAGUGUCAAAUAAAGCUUAUCUUCUCAUUCAUGCAAACU